GUUGACAGUAGCUCGCGCAGCUCAGACAGGAACAGCUGGAGGAGAAUAACAAAGCCACCGACGACGACACAAACUGCAGAUGUCCGUGUAACACGCGCCUCGUCCGUCCGUGACACCGCCGCUGCUGGGGACACCUCGAGCCGCCGACUCCGACCCGACAGAUCAAUCAUUUUCCAGAGAUCUGACAAUGGGGCGUAUCUUCCUGGACCACAUUGGCGGAACACGCCUCUUCUCCUGCGCCAACUGCGACACCAUCCUGACGAAUCGCUCUGAGCUCAUCUCGACGCGUUUCACAGGAGCCACAGGCCGAGCGUUCCUCUUCAACAAGGUGGUGAACCUGCAGUACAGCGAGGUCCAGGACAGGGUGAUGCUCACCGGCCGGCACAUGGUGAGGGACGUCAGCUGCAAGAACUGCAACAGCAAGCUGGGCUGGAUCUACGAGUUUGCGACCGAGGACAGUCAGCGGUACAAGGAGGGGCGCGUCAUCCUGGAGAGGGCGCUGGUUCGGGAGAGCGAGGGCUUCGAGGAGCACGUCCCCUCCGACACCUCAUGAGCCUCUGAGGUUGAAACCAACUUGAAAGGCUCACUCCUGUGCACUCCUUUCCCUCUCCUCUACCCCUUGUCCCCUGUGCUGCAUGGCGCCACCUGCAGACUUUGUAAUCAGUGAAGUGAUGGCUGACCACCCCCCCCUCCCCCCCGGUCUCUGACCCGUGACCUUAGACCUCUGCUGAUUAGAAAAUUGGCUUGGCUGGAUCUAUUCUGGCUCAAUAGGCUUCCCCCAACAAAUACCUGCGUUGUGAUGUGUCGCAGGGUACACCCCCCACACCCCAUCCCUCCAGAACAGCAGGGGACACUGUUGUAACUUCACUUGUUUACGUGUUCAUACGCAGUCACACAGUCUCAUCAUCGCUCCACACGGCAUGCUCCAAUAGUUGAAUACAUGCACGUGAAUAGACACCAUCAGUCACUGUUUGUUUUGUUUACUUAGAUGACUGUAAACAAAAGUUAGAAACGAGUGUGUUCAUCGUUCUCACACUCGGGCAAAGCAACAAGCCCAGUUCUACACUGCAAUGUCAACAGAACCACAUUUCUUUAUAGGGGCUUGUCCUUCUGUGUCGUGAACUUGGUCUCUCUGUAUCCGUCAUUGGUGAGCCCCAAACACAGUCAAGAGAGAUAGUUGUAAUUUUAUUAGCCUUUAUUUUACCGAAUGUAAAAGUGUUUUCAAAUUUCUGUUCUCAUCCAAAUGAUAAAGCACAGAUUGAUGUCAUGUGUAAGUAUUCAUCGUAGUGUUUGAUUGUGAUGAUGGGCAGGUUUCGCAUGAUGCACAAUUGUUUUGAUUGACAUGACAUUUUUGGGGAUGAACACAAAGUGGCGUUAAAAUGUCCCUAUGCGUCCCAGUUCGUGGUGUGGAAGUGAGCCCCUGUGCCCAGUAGACAACCCGUAGUGUUGAUCCUGUACAGAGUUCAACCAAUCAGCGUCUGUUACUAUGGAUUCUGUGCCUGUGUGUCUUCAGUUAGUCGAGCGGUGACGAGCCAACGGGGCCUCAGGAGUAACACAAUAGAGGUUUCACAAAGAGCCCAUUCUCUAUCUCAACACAGUUUUUGAAACGACAACAAACCAAAAACAUUCUUUAUAAUCCUGAUAUUAGGGCACAUUUCAUUUAGGCGUUCGUUCCUAACAACGCAGAGCUCUGGACUAACAAGUCUUUAAAAUCUGCACCGUGUUCCUGCCCCUGUGUUAUACCAUCUUUGCCCUGUGAAGAUUUCCAAAUGUCACACUGUUAGAAAAAAGAAAUCUCAGUUUUCCUGACAUUUGAGGUUAUUUUUGGACGCAGGCUCGCAGCGCGUGCAUCAUGGCCCCGGUGUAGCAUUGUGCCGUUUCAGAUGUGGUGCCCCGCAGGCGUUACCAGAAUGGAACAGCCUUCACAAGGGAUGCUGUUAAUGCUUGUCCUCACCUUUGCAAGGUCAUGUGAGAGGGUGCAUGUGUCAUUUCUACACUAAAACACAGAGAGGAGGCUGACACCAUCCAUAUCAGCAAGUCAGUGCAGUGUACAGUCAACGGCCAUGACAGAAUAUAGUUCUCACUUAUUCACUUUUAGCGAUUGAUUUUAUUCAAUUUACUCUUUGUUAUUAUUUUAUUGACUGAUUCAUUUAUCUUAGUGUAUUUUUUUCCUGAUUGGAGGUUCAAAGGAAGUUGUUUUCGUGUAUGGCUACGUAAGGAUUUUUCUCUGGUUUGAUUUCUAAAUAAAGAUGCAGUCUUGCUGGGUUCAAUUCA